UGAGAAACAUUUCAGAUCGCACAGUAAACUUUGUUCACAUUUUUACUCACUGUUCCGGCACUCACACAAUCACAGUCAAAAUGGCGUGCAAAAAGAAAACCAAACUGUGGGAACCAAUGGGCAAGGAUGAAUUGAAGAGUACCACACAGGCGAUGCUCGAGGAGGGCGCCAAGGGUUUAAGGACGAUUUCUACGCAGCAGAAAAAGCUGGUCAACUUUCAGUCGUUCAAUAUGGAUGAUCCCCGAUACGGAAUUUCAAUAAUAGAGGACAAUAUGGAACCCCCCAUGUUGUCGAGCUACACAAGACAAUACUCCCAACCGUAUCCAAAUCGUUGUAAGCCCUUUGUUCAAAAGACCGAAACGCCAGAUCCCCUAUUCAAUCGUAAGCCGAAAAACGAUUUUGAGUUUACCACAGGGCUGGAUUUUAAGUUUCUUGAUGAUCAUAUGCACAAUCUUUCCGAAUCACGCAAGAAAGUAAACUUUUUCAGGCAACUAAGGAACCAAUCAUUUCUUCUGUAUUGACAUGGGCAAUACAUUUUCGAUUUACAAAAACUUAAUUUGUAACAAUUUGAGUCCAUCAUCGGCAAAGUCACGCAACGUAGCUCCUAUUUUAAGAGCUUUCAAUUGUGCCAUGAUUAUAAAUUACCCCUCAUUAUUUUCCGAGAAAAAUGUGUCAAUUGCAUUUUCUAUUACCCCUUCGUUUUCGAUAGAAAUCAAUUAAUUUUGCAUAAAUAAACUCGAUUGUCAGCGUGGUCAGGGAA